AUGCCGCUGCCGAAGAGUGAAUACUUGAGUGAUACCUGGAAGGAUGGGAUCUUCGCAAACAAAGUGGUCUUCUGCACCGGUGGCGCGGGUACCAUUUGCAGUGCACAGGUUAGGGCUUUGGUCCACCUAGGUGCUAACGCAUGCAUCAUCGGCCGCAAUGUAGAGAAGACCGAGCGUGUUGCUCAAGACAUCGCGACGGCCCGACCGGGUGCCAAGGUGAUUGGAAUUGGUGCUGUGGACGUGCGCAAGCUCGAUAGCUUGCAGAAAGCAGUCGAUCGCUGUGUCAAGGAACUUGGCGCUAUUGAUUUUGUCAUCGCCGGAGCGGCAGGUAACUUCCUUGCCUCGAUCGAGCAACUCUCGGCAAAUGCCUUCAAGUCUGUUAUGGACAUUGAUGUAUUGGGGUCCUAUAACACCCUCAAGGCUACUCUUCCGUAUUUGCGGGAGUCUGGCAAAAAGCACAGGAUGGACUCGGGAUCCCUCCAACCAUCACCACUUGGAACCGGCGGAAGAAUUAUCUUCGUUAGCGCCACCCUCCACUACCGAGGUAUGCCCUUCCAGUCCCAUGUGGCCGUUGCCAAAGCCGGCAUCGACGCCUUGUCGAACAGUGUCGCCAUCGAGUAUGGUCCACGCGGCAUAACUUCCAACAUCAUUGCACCGGGACCUAUUGCCCAGACUGAAGGCCUGGAGCGUCUGCUGCCAUCAGAUGUCAUGGAAGCCUACACCAAGUCCCAGCCACUCGGCCGCUUUGGCCAUGUGCGCGACAUUGCCGAUGCCACUGUAUACCUCUUUGCGGAUACUGGUAGCUACGUCACAGGCCAGACCCUUGUUGUCGAUGGUGCGAACUGGCGCAUGUCAGCCGGCGGUGCUUCAGGUGGAAAUCUGUCUUAUCCGGAAUUUUUGCUUUCUGGUGAUGAGGUUCCCAACGUAACUGGCAAGAAGUCUAAGCUUUGA